GCCGUCAUGCUGUAACCCAUAUCUAGUUUUGAUAUUUCUCUUCCGGGUUCAAUUCAAUAAGCCGAAUGUUCAUUGUGAAAUAGUUAAUAUAGUGAAUAUAGUACUUGAUAUUACUUGAUUUGUUUUUGGCAAGUUUUCUAAUUGAUUACAAUAAGUGAUCUCGGUCAUAUUAUAUUAUUUCCUGCGAAAUGUUUAACUCACAUGACCAAUCUCCUCCAUCGGAAUGCGCUUCAAUGAAUACUAAAAUUGAAUAUAUUGGAAGUGAUCGCAUGACCAUUACAGAAACAGAAAUAACAUCAGCUAUGCGACAAAACGAUAAUUGUUAUCAACAGCCCACGCGGCUCCCUGCCUACGAGCAAUCACCGAAAUGUGCCUACGACGAUCUAUUUGGAGAAAUCACGGACUUCGUGAACCAAUCAAUACCAUUGGAAUUGAACGACCUAGGAGAUAUAAAUUUGGAAAAAUUCCAACAGGAACAACACCUGCAUCAGCACGUGGCGGAGAAUCAUUUUCCAGCAGCGCAUCAAAGUAAACAAGUUCACGAGGAUGAGUCAAUUUCUGAAACGGUACUGGAAAACGUUUACCAUUUACCGUUGACCCCAGAUAGACAUUUACAAGCAGACUAUCAGCUGCCAUUAAACAUGGUAUCGCCACAAGAGUUCGGUCAACAAAAGUCGAAUUAUACUGAACCGUUGCUAGCCAAUGAUUCGUUAUUACAUCAAAAUGAAAUGCAAGCAGUGCCGCUGCUAGAACAACAGCCACCUCUACGAAACUGUCAAAUUUCACUUUCAGACUUCAGUGGUAAGGAGGCUCCCGUUUCGUUGUCCUCCAGCCGCUUGAAAACAACUCGAAGAUCCGUCAGACGGAGUGCGGUACUGUACAGUGAAUUCCAGUGUGACGAGUGCGGCAGCUACAGCAAAUCCCGGGCUGGUCUUAAGCAACACAAGAAGUGGAUUCAUUUCGAGGGCAGAUUCACAUGCCGGAAGUGUGGAAAGCGAUACGAAACGGCCGAAAAACUCGACCAACAUGUCAAGAAUCACAGCCAAAGCCAAAAGUCGUUCAAGUGCGAUAUCUGUCAGAAGCAGUACAUGCAUAAGAGUGAUCUCCGCCGGCAUCAGUUUUACCAUUCCGCAGAUGGAGCACCGUUCCAGUGCAGCUUAUGCGGGAAGGGAUUUAGUCGUUCGGAUAACUUGAUUCGUCACAAGAAAACCCAUUGGAGUCAGCAGAAAUCCGAGUGAAUUUGUGACUUUUCAAAUUCAAUUAAUGUGUCUGUUUAGAGAUUGUACGUCAAGACAAGACUACCACUUCAAAACGACCGACUUUGAUGUAAGGAUUAUUUUCAGAAUAUUUUAAAAUGUUCCAUAGAUUUAUUAACCCCUUGAUCUAUAAUUUAAUUUCAUAAAGAGCGGACCAAAUGCAAUGGAAAUCUUAACCAGUUACUAAUAAAAAUGACGCAAGUAAUACUACAUUGAGACGGCGAAGUUCCUCUAGGAACGUUAGUGCCAUUUAAGAGAAA